UGAGGACUGGGGCAGAAGACGUACAGUGACAUACAAGGCAUUCAACUGACUUAGAACUGCCCGAAGCAUUGUUACUGCAGCACUUUUCAAAAACCUUGAUCGGUUUUAAUUCAAGUUCAGAAGGGCAUCGGAUCAACAACGUACAAGACAUCCAACCAUGAAUCGGCUUGUUCGAAAAACUGUGCUUCUACUGAGCUUGGGCGUGGCGAUAUUCGCUUUAUUCGUUUAUGCCCGAUAUAAUGGAUUGUCGGUAUCGGUACAUUUUGCCAAUGGACCAUUCAACGUCAAGCAGAUACGUCAAUCUGGAAUCGAUUUUACCAAAACUCGCAUAUUCGAAAACCUGAAAUCGAUGAUAAGCAAUGACAGCUCGAUACAGACCUGGCAGGGCAAUGGCGGCAGCGACAACCACAUUCUGAUUCCUAGACGGUCGAUUUUUCAGGAAUCGGAAUACGCGUGCCUAGUGGUGAUGCAGGGGGAAAUUCCAGAGGCAGCCAUGCGAAGGGGCUUCGUAGUGGAGAACUACCCGUGUGCAAGAAUCGAUCCCGGGACCGGAUUGUAUGAGAGGGUUCCAGCGGCUCGAUACAACUCUAGUAUCGAGAGAGAAGAGCUGGGCGAGAAAACACUGGCCAGAAUCAAAUCCUACCAACAAAAGGUUUGGCAGACCUACCGGCCGUUCUCGCCUGACUACCGGAACCCGUGCCAUGUGGAGCCCGGCAAGGCCCACUGUCUGCCCUACUUCCACGUGCUGACUGGUGCAAAGAGCGGCUCCACCGACUUCUGGUACUCGCUGGAGCUUCACCCGCUGGUCUUCACCACGCCUAAGGAGCCGCACUGGUGGACACGGACCAAGGGCCACUCAGUAGCGAGAUACGACAGUGUCUUCCGUAAUUUCGAGCAGUGCAUCGAACAGGGCAAGGAUCCCAAUAUCCAUAACUACGUCACAGGUGACGGGUCCACAAGUUCACUGUGGGACAAUCACCUCACCCUCGAGUGGACGGAAGCCAGAGGGUUGGGGAAGUACCCUGCGUUCACCCUCGCUGACGUCAUCCGUGCGUUGACCCCGAACGCCAGGCUGAUCUUCCUGCUACGGAACCCGAUAGACAGAUUGUACUCCGACUACUGGUACAUCUACGGCGGCAAGUCCGCCAACGACUUCGACACCAAAGUCAGGAACCACUUGAAAGUCUUCAACGACUGUCGGAAAAGGGAAGAUGAAGGAACGUGCGCCUAUCGGCACAACCGUGGCGGUGUUGGCCAUAGUGCUCUCGUUGGGAUAUACAUGAUUUAUGUCCGAGACUGGCUCCGGCGAUUCCCCGUCGAACAAGUGCUGUUUCUGCGGAGCGACGACUGGUUCAAGGGUCAGAAACCAGACAUGCUACUGAAAACGUAUCACUUUCUCGAUAUCGACGUUACCAAGGAGCAGAUGAAGGACAUCCUGACGAUAGACACCUUGGAGAUCACCAUCGGGAGGGAGAACGUCUUGAGGUCGGCGUCUAGCCGCAAGAAAAAGCACCCGAUGCUGGCAUCCACUAAGAAAUUAUUGGAGGAACUGUACGAACCAUCAAACCGGGCAUUAGCUGCGUUGACGGGCGAUGACGGAUAUCUGUGGAAGGACUGAUGAUUCUCAUUUUGCAUUCUUAACCCCAACCACAAUUGUUCUUAUUACAAUUACUUGUAAUUUAAGAACAUACACAUUACAUUUUAAUUAAGCCUCUGUUUUACACUCGCAGGCGAUAUAGAUUUUGUGCACAUUCAGUUGAGAGAAGGGCGCCCUUGGUUCAAGUUUGUGUACAUUUAACUCAGAUUGUCUUUUUUAUGUGGGAAAUAAAGUGAAUUGAAUUGAAUUGAAA